GGAGGUGACUAACGGCGGCUUCAGGCUGACUCCAGACAACCCAAACAGGAAGUUGAAGGCGAUAAGUAAGGUCGCCGGAAGGGUCACAGAUCGCCGGAAGCCACGCCUAGAACUCCCAAUGAUGAAAUGUGGAAUAAUAAAAUAUGGAAUAAGAAGUGAACUAACCUGUUCCUGCUCCGUGUAACCCAACUUGGUACCUCCUGGAAACAACGUCAGUCAAGAGCGGGAUAAAGGAUAAAGGGAACAGGAAGUCCAAGAGGACCCGCCCCCAGUCAACCAAACACUGGAACCUCCGCCCCUCCUUCUCACAUCCAAGCGUGUGUCGCGCUGUAACUAAAGCACCCUUAAGUCCUCAAGUGGAAGUCCUGCUGCUGUUCCCCCCAGCACACGUGUGAUUGUUGACCUGGUACUUAUAGGAGAACCUCUCGUCACACACGCUGCAAGCAAACACCUUCUCUCCAGUGUGAGUCCUCAUGUGUCUUUUCAGUUCUGGAUUCCGAACAAAGCCGAUACCGCACACGGAGCAAGUAAAAGGUUUUUCCCCGGUGUGCCUCCGCACGUGUAUUCUCAAAUCCGCGUUGCGUCUGAAACUCAAGCCGCAGACUGAGCAGGAGAAGGGGUUUUUCCUCCUGUGUCUUCUCAUGUGCUGGUCCAACCCCGAGCUGUCGUGAAAGCUCUUCUUGCACACCGAGCAGGAAUGUGGUUUCUCUCCAGUGUGUAUCCGCGUGUGUUUUGUCAGGCACGCCUUUUCAGCAAAUCCGACGCCGCAGAAAGAGCAGGUAAAAGGUUUCUCUCCGGUGUGCGUCCUCGCGUGUCUCCUCAAGUCUGACUUUCGUGUAAAAGUGAACGCGCAGACGGCGCAGGUGAGCGGUUCCUCGGCGUGGUGUCUUGUCAUGUGACGAUCCAACGCCGAACUGUCGCACAAACUUCUGUUGCAGACGGAACAGGAUUGCUUCUCCACAGUGUGCGUUUGUGUGUGUCUCCUCAAAUGUGCAUUCUGGGAGAAUCUUUUACCGCACAGUGAGCAUGUGAACGGUUUCUCUCCCGUGUGAUUCCUCGCGUGUCUUUUCAGAUUUCCCUUGUUGCUGAAGGUUUUUCCACAUUGAGAGCAUUCCAAGUGCGUGUUGGCCGUGAGACCGGUCACAUCGGCUCUGGCGUCUUCAUCAUCGCUGUCGGGAGUCUGCGACGUCGUGUCCUCGCUAUCUGACAGCGGAGCCAGGAGGCCUCCCUCGGGUGCCUCCUCCUCGUCGUCUUCGUCUUCGCUCUUCACGAUGAUGCGAUUCAGGUGGGGGGUCUCCUCCUGCUCCGCGCCGGUCGGAACAUCUUCACUGACGUCUGCAGGACACAAGAAGACCGAGUCGCAGUCAAGUAAAACAAGAGUGAAGCCAUCAGUGCGGAUUGAAGACAAAGACGAUUGAAGACGCGUGCAUCGUGGGCUUUGCUACAUCGAAGCGACAACAGUCGGCUUCCGCCGUUGACCGUUGUGCUACGUCUUCAUUCUUCAUCCAAAACCGAAAACAUAAAACCUCCAUCACGCUGAGGGAAUGACAGGAAGCGUCUGCAGGAAGUAACCACGUCUUAUCCCACCAUCUGCAGUGUCGGACUGGAACGCACCAGGACCACCAGGACCACCACGGCACAGCCCGAAGAAGACCUCCUUGCACUCCACCCCCUCUCCUUCUCGCGAACCACACCGACGACCACCGCACCAUGGCCGGCUCUGGGCCGCUGUGGUUGCCGUGGAGACGGAGCCUCCUCCUGGCGGCGUGGAUGUGUGUGCUCGGGGUGCUCGGAGCUGAAGAUGACGGCUCCUUCAACGCGGAGUCGUGGCUGAGGAUGUACGGCUACCUGCCCCAGGCUAGCCGGCAGAUGUCCACCAUGCGCUCCGCUCAGAUCCUGUCCGGCGCCAUCAGCGACAUGCAGCGCUUCUACGGUCUGGAGGUCACGGGAAGCAUGGACCUACAAACCAUCAGCGCCAUGAGGAGACCCCGCUGCGGCGUGCCCGACAAGUUUGGAGGGCAGAUCAAAACCAACGUGCGGCGGAAACGCUACGCCCUGACGGGGCAUAAAUGGAACAAGAGCCAUCUGACGUACAGCAUCCAGAACUACACUCCCAAGAUCGGAGAGUAUAACUCCUUCACGGCCAUCCGCCAGGCCUUCAAAGUCUGGGAGAGCGUCACCCCGUUGACCUUCGACGAAAUCCCCUACCAGGAGAUCAAAUACGGACGCCGCAAGGAGCCCGACAUCAUGCUCUUCUUCGCUUCCGGUUUCCACGGAGACAGCUCCCCCUUUGACGGGGAGGGGGGCUUCCUGGCCCACGCCUACUUUCCCGGCCCCGGGAUGGGAGGGGACACUCACUUUGACUCCGAUGAGCCCUGGACCAUCGGAAACCAGAACGUACAAGGCAACGACCUCUUCCUGGUCGCCAUCCACGAGCUGGGCCACGCUUUGGGUUUAGAGCACUCCAACAACCCGCUGGCCAUCAUGGCUCCCUUCUACCAGUGGAUGGAGACCGAGAACUUCCAGCUCCCCGAGGACGACCGGCGAGGCAUUCAACAAAUCUACGGUGAGAAAGAGGAUGUGAGAAAGCGCCAUCCUACGCCAAAGUCCGCCAUCCUCCACCAAAGUCCGCCAUCCCUUCUUCAACACAUCUUCUCUCUCUGCACAGGUACAGCAGACAGCAGGCCCACACAGGCCCUCCCCACUGUGACCCCGCGCCGCCCAGACCCCCGGCCACCUCACAAUCCUCCACGUCAACCGGACCGGCCCAGGACCACGGACAGACCGGACCACUACGGCCCAGACAUCUGUGAAGGAAACUUUGACACGGUCGCCAUGCUGCGAGGAGAGAUGUUUGUCUUUAAGGGCCGCUGGUUCUGGAGGGUGCGCAGGAACAGGGUCCUGGACAACUACCCCAUGCCCAUCGGCCACUUCUGGAGAGGUCUGCCAGGCGACAUCGACGCUGCGUACGAGAGGCACGACGGCAGGUUCGUCUUCUUCAAAGCUCACAGGUUCUGGCUCUUCCGGGAGGCCAACCUGGAACAGGGCUACCCGCUGGAGCUGGUCGACUACGGCCACGACAUUCCCUACGACCGCAUAGACGCCGCCAUCUGGUGGGAGCCGUCCGGCUACACCUACUUCUUCCAAGGCGACAGGUACUGGCGCUUCAACGAGCAGUCGCGCUCGGCCGACCCAGGCUACCCGAAACCUAUCAGCGUGUGGGGGUCGUCCGUGCCCCCGGCUCCCAAGGGGGCCUUCCUCAGCGAUGAUGGAGCCUACACGUACUUCUACAAGGGGUCCAAGUACUGGAAGUUCGACAACCACCGCAUGAAGAGCGAGCCGGGCUACCCCAAGUCCAUCCUGCGGGACUUCAUGGGCUGCAGCGUGGACCCGGACCUCGACAGGGACACGGACACCGACUCCGGUGACAAAUACCCGGACGUCAACCAGCCGCCCUUCAACCCGGACGCCGGGCACGGCGGCGACGACGACAAAGACGCCACGGCCGCUGACGGCGGCGACAAGGACGACGACGGCCGAGGCUCCGACGGGGACGGCGAAGACGAUGGCCGCGAGACUCGGGAGGAGGACACCAACGAGGUGGACGUGGUGCUGAAGGUGGAUGACAGCCAGGAGAGGACCAUGAACAUCCUGAUGGUGACCAUCCCCCUGGUCCUGGUGCUGUGCAUCCUGGGCCUGAUCUACGCCAUCAUCAACACCCUGCAGAGCAAGGGGGCGCCGCGGCUGCUGGUGCACUGCAAGCGCUCGCUGCAGGACUGGGUCUGACCUUUGAACUGAACUUGGAUCCCCUUCCCCGCCGUCCCGCCCGCUACGAUCCUCUCGAGAUCCUUUGGGGUUCCUGUACUGUAGUCCCGCCCCCCCAGGGUGCAUCCACUGUAGUCUAUUUAUAGCAGAGAAGUUUGCACAUCCUUCUUCUUCACUUUGUUGAUUUCCAAACCAGGAAGUUCAUUCUCAUCUCAGCGGAGCCUCUUCCUGGUCUGGGAUCAGCACCUCCUCUCGGCGGUACACUCGGUCACGUGAUCAACCAUCAGCUCGUCCUCUCCUUGCCGUCUUUGGCAGCUGUUAAAACGUCGUAAAGCCACUUUAAAAGGGAGCGUCUUUACAAGCUGAUGCGUCUAACCUUCUCACACGUUGGAGGAAAUGCGUUUAGUGCGCGUGCAGGGUUUCCCACCGCCGCCUCCAGGGCUUCAAACAGGAAGUAGCAAACGCAAGAUUAAUGUAGCGUGCAGCCUCUGAAGGACUUUGCUGUAAAGAUGGCGUAGCGGCGAGCGGCAGGGUGGGCUAACACCAGCUAAUCCGCUUCAUUAAAAAAACAGCAGGUGUGGGCACACGCCGCUGACCCCAAACCGCCACCCUGCGGAACCCCAAACACGCUUUCAUCCGGCAGGAACAAAAUCCUCCUUUCUUCUUCACCUCCACUUUUUCAAAUAACCCCUUCGGUCCUGGAAGCACGGACGUUUAAAAAUACUCAAUCCAAGAUGGCUGCUUCUGGAUUUAGAACCUUGCCUUGGGAACUAAUUCAUCCCUGCCUUUACUUCAUGCUGCUGUAAAACUACGACCUGUAACGACAACCCUAACCCAAGCAUACCCCUAACUCUAAUCCCAACACCAGGGUCAACAAGACCUGUGUACCCUAGACCCUAAAUGUAUACAAAGAUGCUCAAACAUCAAAGAUGCAUACACUGCCACGCCCCCGCCUGCACUGGGAGGGCUUCCCACCACCUGGUCCUGCUCAAACCCCAAACUCCUUACCUCUACCCUAGCCAUGAGUCCUACCCCAACCCCAACGUGGCCUCUGUGAUGACGCCACGCACAGAAAGCCAAAGAAAACACAAACUGCAUCCAUUCGUGUUCUACCUUUUUCUGUUCUUUCGUCCGCCGUAUCUACUUCCUCAAAGUCCUCGUUAGACUCGUCAAACGCGUCAGACGCCAUCGGGCGUCAGACCCUAAUGACUCUUCAGCACCCCGCCAGGAACCAAGUGGUACUACAAGAGACUGGUGCUAGCUAGCAUGUUUAUGCUACAUCCGACUAGAAGUGGAAGUCAUGGUAGGAAGUCAAGUUGUGUUUGAGGACGGGAACUGGGAUGGAGUAUUCCUCCUGCUCCUCUUCGGGAAAGAACACAUUUCCUGCCUUUCCAGACAAGCGUGGAGGGGGAGGGGCAGUGCAAAGCCAGCGAUAUAGUCAGGAUAUGGGGGUGGGGGGUGGG